AUGGAAUGCCGUCGCUCGAGUCGGGCAGUGCUAGACAUGCUCACGCCCCGGCUUCCUCUCGAUCGAACAGUUCCAACGUCGGUUCUCAAACGGCGCGGUGCAAUCAGCUUCGGAUCGUCGAGUAAACUAGAGGGAUCUUCGCCGCCGUGUCCCCGUCUGCAGCGACGUGGAGCGAUAUCGUUUGUAUGUACGGACUACGAUGCUGUGUACGUGCGUCGUCUGGGUGAUCUCGUGUGCAACAUCGAGCCACGCAGACGUGCGUCGUUGGGCUCGUUUCAUCUCCCUCGAAGAAAGGCGACGUUCGAAGAUAGAGACAUGGCGACUACACUGUUGCAAGGAUUGGACCGAUUGGCGGUCCUCAAUACAGGCGACUGUUCGUGCGUUUGCGAGGUCUGCACGAGCGUGAGGCGACGCCCGUUGAGUCAUCUCGGUUGGCGGUAUAAGAAUCCCGCCGUAGCGAGCUCUCGUUUCGUGCACCACCGCAAGGGAGUCUGCCGGCGCAUGUUCGACUCGAGAGCCCGCAAAGCGACAUUGACGUCGCUCGGCGUCGAGGAGAGCGGCAAUGGAAGAGUGAAGGCACUUCUCGCUCACGUCGAUGGAUGGUCGUUUGACAUAUUUGCGCUCAAUCAAGCGACGGCAGGUCGUUCAUUGUUCAACUUGGCAGUGCACUUGUUUCAGUUGCAUGGGCUAAUUGAGUAUUUUCAGCUCGACUUACUCAAAUUGAUGCGCUUUCUAAUAUUGGUGGAGUGUGACUACAGGGGAGACAACCCUUAUCACAAUGAAACCCAUGCUGCAGAUGUCACUCAGGCCACUCACUGUCUCAUGUCUGACCUGAAGUUUAAAAUUCGAUUUAGUAAGCUGGAGAUAAUGGCCAUGUUGCUGGCUGCUAUUACUCAUGACAUAGGACAUCCUGGAGUUAACCAGGAUUUUCUCAUUUCUACAUCAAAUCAUCUUGCUCACAUACAUGGAAAGAAGUCGGUGUUGGAGCGCCAUCACUGCCAUACUGGUCGCGCUCUCUUGAAUGAUAGUCAGCUGUUGGAUCAUCUUCCAGCCAGCCAGCAAGAACAGGUCUUGUCAAUUAUGAAUGGAACCAUCCUUGCUACUGACAUGGCCAGACAUAAAGAAUUUAUGACUAAAUUUGAAACCAUAGUAUCAACUAGAUUAACCAAUUUUUCUGACUCAUCUCAUCGACUCUUGAUUUGUCAGAUGCUGAUGAAGUGUGCUGAUAUCAGUAAUCCCUGUCGACCUUGGAUCCACAGCCAAAGGUGGAGUUAUAGAAUAAUGGAGGAAUUCUAUAGACAAGGUGACUUUGAGAAGGAAAUCGGACUGAAAGUUUCCUUUGACAGACAAACCACCAACAUGGCCAAAGCACAGUCAGGGUUCUUUGAGUUUGUGGGAGAUCCCUUGUUCACUCUUUGGGAUCAGUUUGUAUCGUCCUCUCUUUCGAAGCAGCUUUGUCGUAAUUUGGACAAUAAUAAGGCAUGUUGGGACGACAUAUAUUCUCAGUUUUCCGAACCUUUAGAGGUACAUCAGAGUGGUUUGGAUGAUGACAAGGAUGAUGAGGAUGUUGAUAGUGAAGAUUUGGAUUUGGAAUCAGAAAUUCACAGUGACAGCAGUACUGAUUGACUGCCACGCUUUUGAUAUAUUCAAGUGUAUAGAUUCAGUUGUAAGUUUCUGAGAUUCAGAAGUAUAUUGUGUUCACGAGUAGCUUAGCAGAUGAAUGCACUACAGACUUGAGUUCUAGAGUACCCUAACAUACUGUAUUUAUGUUUUUUGAGCUGGUCUCCAAAGUAUAUUUUCUGCAAUAAAAUAUGAUUGUGCUCAGAA